AUGGAAUAUUCUACUCAUGUAUUAGUUCAACAAGUACCGCUAAGUGAACAGAAUUUUGAAACAAAACUACAAGAAGUAUCUGAUCAAAUAACAUCAAAUGGUUAUUCUUGUCCAACUGUAUUUACUCCAUUAAAUAGUGUCGUUGUACAACAAGCAGUCAUAUCUGCCAGUCAUAUUGGAUUUCUAUUACAAGAUGGGCGAAUUUGUCGUGUUUCUUACCGUGUAUUGGCAGAUAAAAUUGAACCAAUACCACCAGAAACUACAAAGAGUAAACCAAAAAUUAUUCAGCCUACUCGUCCACAAUCACGUACAUCGAUUAGACCUAGUUUUGAGAGACCAAGUUUUGAAAAUUUAGUUUUAUCAUCUUCAGCUGCCGCUGCUCAAGCUGCAAAUGUUACCGGUGGUACAACAAAUUCGACAGCAGGACAGUCAGAUAUCAUGCCACAAUUACAGGCUGGAUAUCCAUUGAGUCGACCAAGACAUCAUCUCAUUCGAACUGCACGUGGACGUACAGGAAUUAUAUUCGGUUCAAGACCUUUAAUACCUGCAUCAAGUGUACCAGAAGAAUUAAUUGAACAAGUUCAAGUUGUUUUACAAGGAAAAUCUCGAAACGUUAUUAUUCGAGAAUUACAAAGAACGAAUCUUGAUGUAAAUAUGGCUGUAAAUAAUUUAUUAGCACGAGAUGAUGAGGGAGAUGAAGAUCUCGAUGAUGAUUAUGUUGGUGCUGAUUUAAUUUCCUUACUUGAUGUUAAUCCACAUGGUGAAUCCGGUAUUAUAUUGGAAUCAGAAUUUUUUGACGAAGCAGAUUUUGCAUUACGGUAUAGUAAUAUACAACGACGAGUAUCAGCAAGAAUAGGCAGUGGGGGUAGUUCUGGGGCUAAUGCAGCUACCGCUGUGGAUAAUAAUUCCGGUUCAUUAACGUCUUCGACAAAUCCACCGACAGGUGUUGCUUCAGCACCGUCGUCUACUUCAAAUCCGCUGGGUGAACGAGAACGUAAACGCAAUCGCUACGAUCCGCGUUGGUUAGACGGUUCAUUACGUGAAGAAUUAUUUGGUAGAAUUGAACGUGAAUUAAAACCAGACGAUCUUUCAAUUGUUAAAGAACAAACAACAAAUGUUCCUAUUCCAUCUAAAACAACGAAACAACAGCAAACACCACAGUCACAUCAUCAUCACUCUCAUUCUCAUCAUUAUAGUCAACACUCAUCGACAGCUUCAAUUCAGCAGCAACAUCAAUCUAUCAAUCAUUCAUUAAAUUCUGUUCAACAAUCAAAUCCAAUUAUAUUUGGAGAUCAAUUACAAUAUUGGACUGAUGGAGAUAAUAAUUAUCCUCGUUUUACUCAUAUUGCUUGUCUUUAUUCAGAAUUAAUUGCAAUAAAUACAGCAGGUCAAUUAUGUCAAUGGCGUUGGAUCGAUGAUUAUCCUUAUCAAGAUCCCGAUAAUUCUCAAAUAAAACAUCCGAAAACCUCUAUGUUAUUGUUAACGAAUGAAAAACUAAUCUCACUAUCUGGAAAUAUAAUUCGUGCAUCAGUAUUAACAGACACAAAUAAAAUUGCUACAUGGAUUGAUGAAACACUUGGACAGCAAGUGAGCGUUAAAUUACAACAUCAAGCUCAAGAACUACCAUUUUCGAGUCAACAACAAGUAAUUGACGUUCAAACAUCAUCAUUAUUUACCGUUAUUCGUACAGAUUUAAAUGAAAUGUAUUGGUACGGUAUAUUACCAACCAAACAACGUAAAAAAUUAUUAGAACGAAUUAAAGAUAAAACAAGAAAAAGUCGUUCGACCAAUCUACAUUCUCAUCAUCAUUCAUCAUCAUCGUCUCAACAAUUGACACAAGGUUGUUCAGUUUGUUUAAUAUCAAACCCAUAUUAUAAUCAAGGAGCAUGGGGAUUCUAUAUUAAAGAUGGGCAACCGAAAUUUGGUCAACUAAUGGAACAAGCAUGGGUAUUGACAAAUACAGCCAGAUUCAGAAUUAAAACGCCCGAAUCGUUUGCAACAAGUUCGUCGUUAGCAGCUGCUGCCGCACGUUUAACGGAUAGUGAUAAAAGUCAAGUCGAAAUGCCACCUCCUCCAUCGCCCGCAUCUUCCACAUGUAGUGUUGAUUCAUCAGCCAGUUUUGGUGGCUUAAAACGAAAAAAACAAAGUGCUUCAGCAAAUGCUGCAGCAUCUCAAACAACAUCGACUCAAGCACUAAUUGGAAAUGUGACAUCGAAUACUACUUCGGCAUUAACAACAUUAAUUGAUAGUAGUAGUAGCGAUGACCAUCAUAGUAAAAUAAAAGAUGAAGAAUAUUGGCCUAUCGAAGAAGUUGUGUUUAUCGAAGAUUGUAAAGUAGCUCCAAUUGGUAAAGUAAUGAAAAUUGAUGGAUCACUUGUACUCGUACGAUUUCCAUCUAAAACUACCACUCAUCAUACACAAAAUACAAAUGAUAUGUCAAUGGAUACAACAAAUACAAACGAAUUAGAUAACUGUCGCUUGUUAAGAAAAGAUGAUUUACAAAUUGUCAAAGGAAAUAUGACUCCGAAAACACCUGAUUGUUCAUUAUCUAUAGCAAAUAUAAAAAGAAUAUCACUUGAAAAUGGUACAUUAUUGACAUUUUCCGUCGACAAAGAUUAUUUACAUACAUUGCAAUUACGUCAAUCAACUGUUUAUUAUAUACAAUAUGAAAUUGGCAGUAACAAUGGACUAUGUCGGAGUAUUCGUCAAAAUUUUUUACCGUCUAUAACGAGUCGUCAAUCUUUAUCAUCAUUUCUUGCUAGUAAUACAACAGAUUUAUCAAAUACCGUUUCUCCUUCGUCACCUCGUUUAUAUACAUUGAAUGCGAAUGAAAUUCCGCGCGUACUACUCGAUAGUAAUAAAACAUUUUAUCCUAUAGUCUAUAAUCAAGAUUUAACAAAUAUCAAAGAUCCACAAUGGAAAAACUUGUUGCCAUUAAACUAUUUUCAACAACAAAUUGUACCAAUUAAGAAUGCUGAUCAUUUACCCAAAAAUUAUAUUGUUUUAAGUAUAAUGCAAAUACAAAAAGGUCUAUUGAUACCGCAUAUAUUAAGGUACGAUUACGAUAAAAUUCGUUCAAUUCUUAAUGAAAUUGAAACAACAAAAAAUAAAGAUUUGUUAAAAUUAAUUUUAAAUGAACGAUUAGAUGGCUGUCGAAAUAUAUUCCAUGCAUGUGUUUCAAUUUGCGCACCAUUAUCAAAUAAAGAUUAUUCAACAGCUGAUACAUCUGAUUUAUUCCAAUCUACUACAACUUCAUCUACGGCACCUACUAUUGCCUCUUAUCCAUGGAAUCCAGUUACGAGUAGUAAUGAAAAUAAUAGUAAUUCAAAACGAAUUACAUUUGCCAUUGAUCUAUUACAUAAUCAAACAACAAAUACGUCAACAACUAAUUCUUCAACAACAACUUCGAAUAACGAUCACAAUUAUCAAGGAACAAGAACAACAACAAAUGAACGAUCCGAAGUUAGCACGUGGCCACCACCACCCCCUCCACCACGAACAAAUGAAACAGAAGAUAUUCAACAGCAAUCAUCUACGAUUUCCACUCCGUCACAACAAGCGCAACCAGCAACAAAUUUCUAUAGAAGUUCAUCAACCGGCAGUCAUUCAAAUAGUGGUGGUUCAGUAUCACCGUCGAGUAAUACAAACACAAGUACAUUUUCGGCUAAAUUUCAACAAAUCCAAUAUUUACAACAUCAAUUUCAACAACAUCAGGCCAUUGCUGCACUAACAACAUCGAAUACGACCACAAAUAGUGGAUCAAGCGUCACCGUUCCGCCUCAUUCGCCAGCACCAUCGACAGCCACAAGUCCACAACCAGUAUUUGCACCCGUCAUAUAUGCACAAAAUACCUCAUCAUAUCCACCACCGAUUGGUAGCCGGUCAUCUCGUUCAACCAAUAUUAACAGUGAAUACCAAAUAUGGUCGUCGGUGAAAUAUGAUGAAAAAGAGCGUCGUUUGCGGUCAAUUAAAAUAUUACGUCUACUAUUAGAUUCAUCAUUAUUUCAAGAAUAUUUAAUUGAUUUAUUGAGUUUUCGUAAUGUUGAAGGAUUAACACCAUUCAUGUCUGCUGUUAAUUCACGUGCAUAUAACUGUGCCUUGAUUCUGUUUGAAUAUGCAUCGAAAUUAGCCAAAGAAGAAUGUUUGAAUAAAAAUACACAAUCAAAUGAUGAUGAUCAAGAACAACAUCAAAACUUACAAUUCUUUCUUGACAACACAUCUAUAUCACCACCAUUAUUUGAAUCAGCAACAAAUUGUCUGAAUGUUCCAAAUAUAAAUCAUUCGGAAUAUCAAUCGAUAUUAAUGAGAAUGAUUUAUCCAUCUGAUUGUACAAAUUUCGAUGAUUCACCGUUGUAUACUAUUUGUACAAAUGAUACAUGUUCAUUUACCUGGACCGGUGAAGAGCACAUAAAUCAAGAUAUAUUUGAAUGUAAAACAUGUGGUCUUCAUGGUACACUGUGCUGUUGUACAGAAUGUGCUCAAACAUGUCACAAAGGUCACGAUUGCCGUCUUAAACGAACAUCACCGACCGCUUAUUGUGAUUGUUGGGAAGUAUGUAAAUGUAAAUCAUUGAUUGGUGGUGAACAAUUAAAACGCUUAGAACUAUUAAAACUUUUACUAAUGGAAACAAAUUUAGUACAAAUGAAAAAUAACAGAUAUGAAAACAUUUUACUUUAUUUAACACAAACGGUUGGUAGACAAAUUAUCGAACAACAACAGUUUGGAAAGAAUACACAAUCUGCUCAACAGCAACAACUACAACAGAGUGCUCAACAAACAAAACAACAACGAGCAACAGGCGGAGCAUCAACACAAACAAAAAAAUUGGCACAUACACAACAAGUGAAUCCAUCAGCGAACAGUACAAAUAAUCCUCCAACAGAUAAUAAUGAUAGUCAAGGACAGGCAACAAAUAACGUACCUGAUCAUGAUCUCGAACCACCCCAAUUUUGUCGUCGUGCAUUAGAACUAAUACUAGCUGACUGGUGUGGCGUUAAAUCGAUGUUACUAUGUGGUUGUACAAGUGAUGAUCCAAGUACGAAAAAAGCGUCUGAUCAACCACAUUCGUCAUCAUCUUCGACAUUAUUAUCAUACAAUAAUGAAACAUUAUUUUCUUUGGAACAACAACAACAAACAACUCAAUUAGAUCGUUUUACUUAUUUAUUAUUGUCAAAAUGUAAUAUUAAGCAAGGUAGUACAAUAAUGACAAAAUCUCAGCAACAAUUACAAAAUCAAAAUGAUAUGAUCGACAUUCUAUUGCAAACAUUACUACGAGAAAUGUCUAAUCCUGUUAAUAAACAAUUAGCAAAAUACGCUGCAGCUAGAUUUGUAAGAAGUGUAUUGAGAUUAUUUGUGACAUUAAGCAUUGAAUCUCUACCAGACAAAUCAGCGGGAACAACAUUAUCUACUACUGCUAAUAGUAGCAAUAUUACUAGCGUAGGUGCAGGAAUACGACGUUUUAUCUCAGCAACAACUGUAAAUGGAACAACAAUAACAGCAACGGGAACAGGUACUUGUCAUCCACAAAUCCAAACAACAUCAUCGAUGAUAAUUCAACAUUGUAAAAGAAUAUUUCAAACAUUAAUUAAAAUAUCCAUUAGAGAGUUGGCCAGUAUGGCUGAAGCAUUAAUAGCACCGGUGAGAUAUGGAUGUGCAAAACCAACGGCGCAUUUUCAACUUGUUUCAACACACACAGAUGCUAUACAGGGUUUGGAAGAAGUAUUCAAUGUUGAUUCUCAAUAUUAUCGUGCUUAUCAAGAAAAUAAUUUGUCCAAUAUGAACGCCGUAUCCACAUCUAGUGGUGGAGGAGGUACAAAUAAUGUACGAUGGUCGGCAUCAACAAUAGGUGUUGGAUCAACUACAGUCACAACUGCCACUACCGGCACAGCAUCACUUCCGACAUCGAAUGAAACACGGUCGCGUGAAUUACGGCCAGGGGUUUCGAGUGAUGAAAAUUAUACGGAUAUUGUUGAACAAGAUUUAGACAAUGAUUUAGAGACGGGUGUUGGAACGGUAGAUGAUGAUGAUUCCGAUACACAAUCUCAACAUGGUGGAACUGAUCGAACAACAACUGGGACAGGUAUCGGUGGAACACGUGAUGGAGGUACAGGUGUUUUAAGUGACAAUGAAUCUGAAAUGGAACUAGAAUUAUUAGCUGAAUCCGAUACGGACAAUGAAAGUAACAGAAGUGCGAGAUUAUCAAAUGCACAACGAACAUCUGCAACGGCUGGAAGCGAUCCUGAUGACGAUAGUGGAGAAUCGACAAAUGAUGAUGCUGAUAGCGUUCGAAGCGACAGUGUAUUAGAUGAAACAAGUCAACAAGAAUUAAUUUCAUUUGAUGAUAAUAGAGAUCAAAUGGGUAAUACAGCAACAGUUGGCGAUCGUUCUACAAGUCAACAACAACCUUCAACACUUGCAGGAAUAACGGCAACGACAGUUCCGUCACCGGCUUAUCAAACAAGUAAUACAACUUCAACACGCCUGACAACAACUCGUACACAAGGUUCAUUAUUUGGUGAAACACAUCCUCGCCGUCAAAUUCAACCAUCGAAUACAUCAACUAGUCAACAACAGCAAGCAGUCCAACAACAAUCUCAUCAACACCAGUCUCAACAACAACAACAACAACAAAACAGCUCUGUUUCAUCUACAAUCACAACAAAUGCAAUGUUAGCUCGAGCAUUUGCAAUUCUAGUUAAACAAAUAACAGAUCUUUUACUUAAAUGGCCAUCGUUUACAGUCACAUCUGAAGCAUUUUCUCCUUUAUAUCAUGAUAUCAUACCAGAAACACCCACAAAAUCACAACCAAACACAGAUCCAAACGAUACUCUAGAUGCUAUUCAGGCUGAAUUAGAACAACGAUUAUUACCAACGUGGCAAUGGUUUUGUACAAUAAUGGAUUCGUUUGAAUCUCAAAUAAGAUUUGGAAUAUCGCUGAGUAAUCUUAGUUCAAAUGAUACGGACACAUCAAUACAAGGAAAUCGAUUUUUAAGAACAACAGUUGAACGAGCAAAACUAGACACAAAAAAGAAAACAACAGCAAAUCGUUUAACUACAAAUCCACAAACAACAGAACCUGUUAUCAACAAUCGCCGAGAUUUUCUUAAUUAUUCAUUAUCAUUAAUGCGUAUGCCUGAAAAUGAACACGGUGAUCAAUUACCAAUCCUCGAUGUUCUCUCCUAUAAACAUAUUGCCUACAUAUUCGACUCAUUUAUUUAUUAUCUAAGAGAGAGUCAAGAACACGAUUCAACAACAUUUAAAACUUUGCAACAUGUAACAUUAUGGCGAGAUAUUAAUGAUCAAGAUACAAGUGAACUAAAUGCAGAAGAUAUGAGCGAUAAUCAUACAGACAUUCCAACAACACUACCUCGUGAUCAAUUUUUUCAUCGUUCCGAUUCAACACUUUGUCUUGGCUCAUUAGCACCUGAUCCAUUUCAUAUACCAGUUGAUGAUUCAUUGCCAUUAGCUUGUCGUCCUCAGUUGUUACAGCCAACAUGUCGCAAAGAAGAUUUAUUUGGAAGAUUUUUAUAUGAGAAUGCAGCUCAACGUUAUGCACAAUUACCAAGUCGACUUGGAAUGUCGGAUCGAGAACAUUCAAUACCAGAUUUUAUACAACCAAAUUAUGCAAAAGGAUUUAAACGACAAAAUCAAGAUGACAUUGAAAUGCAAAAUGAUAAAACGACAAAAACGCAACAACGAGAUGAUGAUCGUAUGGCUGUUGAUGUUUUGCUCGAUUUAAGUUCUGGUUUAAGUACAACUAAUAAACAACAACAUACUCCGACACCUAACAAACAAUUGCCAACAGCGCCUGUGACAGCAACAACAUCAACAACAACAACCAGAGCCCUUCCUACUGGUUCUUAUGAAUAUCUAAUGGCUAGAUGGCGUUAUAGUCUUGAAUUGUUUGUAAAAAUAUUUAUUGACGAUGUUGGAGCUGAACCAGGAUCAAUUAUUUAUGAAUCCGGUGGAUUUCAAGCACGUGAACAACGUUUUAGACACGACAUGGAACGUCUAAAAAAUUUACACCAGAAAGAUAUUCGAUUUGAAUCGAUGGAACGUGAUCGUGCAUUACUUAUUUCAAAAACAUUUCGCACGUUAAAUUCUCAUUAUUAUCGAAAUCAAAAUACAAAUUCAUCGUCGACAACGCCACCUUUAGCCGUGCAAAGAGUGAAAGUAACAUUUAAAGAUGAGCCAGGCGAAGGUAGUGGGGUGGCAAGAAGUUUUUAUGCAGCUAUUGUCGAGGCUAUAUUGUCGGAUGAAAAAUUAUCACAUCUGGAACUUGGAACGUAUGGUGGUUCGUCAGCUGCAGCUGUGGGUGCUGUUGCCUUAUCAACAAAUCCACGUCAACAACGCUCAAGAGAACGACGUACAAUAGCAACCUAUUUACGUCGUUCAAUGUUACUGUCAUCUGAAGCUCGUCCGUUCAAACCCGUUAUGUCUCCAUCAGUAUCCCUAGGCUCACCAACUUCUGCAACAGCCGGAAAUCCAGCAAUAACCACUACUACAGAUUCAACGAGCUCAAAUGAAUCUUCUGCUGAUCACUGGACACCAAGUAAAACUAAAAUUGGUUUAACCAUUUAUCCAAAAGUAGCUGCCAUUCAACCGUUUCACGCUGAAAAAAUAACUGGUAUGCUAUUAGAAGGUUUACCAACAUUACAACUACAACGGAUAAGUUCAAGUUCAACGGAUGAUGAUUUGAGAGUGAAAGUUGAAGAAGCCAUGAAUGUAUUGACGUCACAUAGUACAAGAGAUGUUCAAACAGAAUCAACAUCAUCAUCAUUAACUAGUAAACCGUCUCAACAACAACAACCUCUACCAUCUCAACCGCAGCCACAACAAACAACAUUCGAUAAACAAUUAGAUGAAUAUGCACCAUUAUUUUGGCAACCGGAUAAGAAAGGAUUUUAUGCACCAAGACCAGGAAAAUAUACAACAGAAAGAUUAACUGCAUAUAGAAAUGUUGGAAGAUUAAUUGGUUUAUGUUUACUUCAAAAUGAAUUACUUCCAUUGCCAAUGUGUCGUCAUGUAAUUAAAUAUAUAUUAAAUCGUCGUAUACGUUGGCAUGAUUUAGCCUUUUUCGAUUCCUCUAUAUAUGAAAAUUUACGUCGUGCAGCAUAUGAUGCUGAAAAAACGAAUGGACAAAGUGUAAAAGAUUUACACUUGACAUUUUCUUUAACUUGUACAGAUAAAGAAGGAGGUGAAACAUAUGAUCUCAUUCCUGAUGGAUCAUCGAAAGAUGUAACCUAUUCCAAUUUAUAUGAUUUUAUUAAACGUUAUGCUGAAUUUAGAAUGGUUAAAUUAGUUGAACAAUCACUUCAUCACAUUCGACUGGGUGUAUUCGAUGUAUUACCUUCAAAUGCCUUAGAUGGUUUAAGUGCAGAAGAUUUUCGUCUAUUAUUGAACGGAAGUGGAAAUAUAAAUAUAACAACAUUAACGAAUUAUACAACAUUUAAUGAUGAAAGUGGUGAAGCUGGUGAGCGAAUUACACAAUUUAAAAAAUGGUUUUGGUCUGUACUAGAAAAAUUUGGCACAGUUGAAAAACAAGAUCUGGUGUAUUUUUGGACAGGUAGCCCAGCAUUACCCGCAUCUGAAGGUGGUUUUCAACCCAUGCCGUCUGUGACAAUUCGUCCAGCUGAUGAUCAACAUUUACCAACAGCUAAUACAUGUAUUAGUCGUUUAUAUGUUCCAUUAUAUUCAUCAAAAACAAUAUUAAAAACAAAAUUACUUUAUGCAAUUAAAACAAAACAAUUCGGCUUUAUUAACGACAGUAGCACUGUCAUAGUUCAAAGUACAAGAAAUGAUGAUGCUAUUCAGAAAAGUGUUUAUUUAAUAUCAGAUAAUUUAGAUGUAUCGAAAACAAAAUAUGUACUCAAAAUUAUUGAUCUUGAUAAAAUGACAAAUUUUACAAAAUAUAUUACAGGAAUAGCUUGGUAUCGUCAAUUAUCUCAUACAAAUUUGAUGACAAUGAAAAAAUGUUUUAUAAUUGAUUCAAAAUUAUAUUUUGUUAUACGUUAUGCUCAAUUUGGAUCAUGUCGUAAUAUUCUACAGUUAAAUCCAUUCGGAAUUAAAGAAAAUCUCAUUGGAAUAAUUAUGUGGCAAGUUAUUCAAGCUCUCUGCUAUUUGAAAGAUAAACACAUCAUGCAUCGGAGUUAUAAAGGUUUUCCGCGGACAUGCCUGUCUCUGUCCGGACGCGAUGGGGAACCUGAAAAAGUGUUGAGACAUAGGUAA